GUUCGCAGUGAUCUCAUAAUAAUUAGUUGACUCAAGACAUUUAUGGGAACAUAAAUAAUUUUAGCUUUAAUCAUUGCUCUUGGAAAGUAUAUAUUUUUAUCUCGGUUUUGUAUUUAUCUGGUCCAGCAUACUUUUGCGUGGUAUAACUUAUUAUUAAACGUGUGAAAGAAAUUUUGUCUGUGUGUGUGAUUAUAUUGAAAAUUCUCCACAAUUUUGAUUAUAUCAAAAAUUUUUUAUUGUCAGCUUAGUCGGUGACGCAAGCUAGCUGUCUCAAUUAUUAACUAUCUUUGAUGGACGUUCAAUUGUCGAAGACAAUGAUGCCUCUCGUAUAAUAAGUAAAACGCAAAUAAAAGUAUAUAAUGAACCACUGUAUAAUUCUCGAAUAUUCUUACAUCAUUCAAAUACUAUUUUAAUUUGUUGCAAUCGUACUCCAGACUUGUUCAAUUGCAUCUGCAUAUCAAUGUAUUCUUUCCAAAAUCAUUUGAAACGAUUAACAUAUAUGUUCGAGAGCAGGUAUGUGUCAAGUGGCUCAAGACACAAGAGUAGAUCUCGUGAAUGGCGCAUUUACGUGCACGUCGCGUACAUCGAGUUCGCGAGAUAAAAGUUUAAUCUACGUGUCUCGCACCGAGAAAGAAAUAUGAAGCCGCUCUCGGCAGAGAAGAAAAGUCCACUCACUAACGAGGACAAUCCCGUAGUUUUCCUGGAUGUCGUGAUCGGACCUGAAAAAGUUGGAAAAAUCGUCAUAGAGCUCUUCAAGGACAUCGUGCCGCGUACCGCGGAGAAUUUCCGCGCGCUGUGCACCGGCGAGAGGGGCGCAGGAUCAAAGGCUAGGAAGUUACACUAUAAGGGAACUAUCUUUCACAAAGUCAUUUCACACUUCAAGAUCCAGGGUGGCGAUAUUGUCAAUUUCAAUGGCACCAGUGGGGAGAGUAUUUAUGGUCCUUUCUUUGAGGACGAGAACUUCACGUUGAAACAUGAGUCCGCUGGGCUACUUAGCAUGGUGAAUGAGGGGAGGCCGCAUACCAACAAUUCUCAAUUUAUCAUCAUCCUUGAAUCAAGUCCGCAUCUGGACAACCUUAAUGUAGUAUUUGGAAAGGUUGUAGCAGGCAUGGGUACAGUGUUAGAGAUGAGUAAAGUAAAAACUGAAAAGGAUGAUGUUCCAGUUGAGCAAAUAUGUAUAGUGGAUUGUGGAGAAUUCAAGAAAGGCGAGACUUGGCAAUUGCAGGAGAAUGACGGAACCGAAGACGUUUAUACCCCUUUUCCAGAAGAUUGGAAUUACAUUUUGCACGACGGCAAGCUCACACACAAAUUCAUGGAAAGUGUAAUAAAGAACAUAAAAGAUUCUGGAAAUGAUUAUUUUGCAAAGCAGAACUUUGUGGAUGCCGGUAGAAAGUAUAAGAAGGCAUUACGGUAUUAUGUCUGGAUGAGCAAACAGCAAAACAUGUCAGAUACAUUUUAUGCCUCGCUAACGGAUCUUAAAUCAAUUUUGUUACUUAAUUUAGCUGCUGUACAUUUAAAGCAGGAAAAAUAUAAUAAAACUAUAGAUCUUUGUAACGAGGUUUUGGAAACGGAUAAUACAAACACAGUUAUUUUGAAAAAAGCGUUAUUUCGAAGAGGACAAGCCUACACAUCCUUGAAUGAAUAUAAAUUAGGAUUAAAAGAUUUUUCUCGGCUGUUUGAACUAUGUCCUGACAAGGCUAUUCUGAAUGAAAUAAAAAAAACAUUAAAAUCCAUCAUCGAAUUCCACCAUUGGAUGAAAAAAUUCAGUGAAUAUAUCAUUUCUUGAAAUUCUGAUGGAGAUGUAAUAUAAAAUUGAUCAGAAAAACCAAUUCAUUUUUAUUAAUGCAGAAGAGCUAUGUGGAAAAGAAAUGAAUGAAUUUUUAUUAAAUCAUUUUACUUUUUUUUUACUUUUACAUAAAUCAAUGUGUCAGUUUCAGUCAAUUAUUUCAAUCAAUGUUGAAAUCAAUAUUCAAUGUGUCAUACAAUAUACACAUGUGUUAUAGUACUUAUUAUUAAUAGCUUUAUGAAGAUAUUGUCUGUUUAUUAUAUAUUUUUUUAUUAAAAUAAUCGAAAAAA